CAAAAGUUCCUGUGAAAAAAAUGCGUGCAAAUUUGAGCACAAAAGAAGGCGGCUUUGAGGUUGAUGAGUGCUGGCAUUAUGAAGCUUCGAAGGUUUCUCUCACCGAUUCUUUCAUUUCGGGUAGCAAAAGUUUGCUGGAACUGUAGCCUGGUGGUCCUUGGGCCUAGGACUUGGUAUGCUUGGAGGUGUCACAGGGCCGGUUUUGCGCAAGGGACAGCUGGCGGUAUGGCAACCGGGACGGGUCCAGGUAAAAUCGUGUAUGACGAGGUGUAGGACGCGCGAGGUGUAGGACGCGCAGGGAUGCAAACGAAGAACCAUGAAGUCAUUGUUUGCUGGCCAGAAAGUCUGGCUUUGGUAUCAACUGGAUGCUGAGACUCGUGAGAGAGUCUUCCAUGCUCUGAACGAAAAUGGAGCACCCUUGCAAGAAGGCGACUGGAUGCAAGGAGAGCAUUCCAAGGAGGAGUUCCUGGUGGUGGAUGACGUGCAAAAGGAGGAGAUUCAAGAGUUGAGCAAAAAGGGGGGGACAAUCAUUGGUGUUGAGUGCGUGAACCAGUCGGUCGAACAGCGUCGGCCUCUGCCCAAGCUUGGCCGCAUCCUCUGUUGCCGAGCCCUGGAAGGUCACAAGAUUUGCCUCACGGGCUUUUCGGGGUUUGAGAAAGAACGGACUAGGCUUAGUUCCUGGGUCCUUGCCAUGGGGGCAGAGGUCACCAACAACUUUGACGGCACAAUUACAACUGUUGUCAGCAAGAACAUCAUCAACGACAAGUGCAAGUGGGCCGUCAAGAUGAAGAAACCGGUGGUCACAACCAAGUGGGUGGAAGAGUGUUGGGCUGAGCAUGCGGCGUCGCGAGAGGAGGACUUUAGGCUCCCAGUCUUCUGCAAGCUCAAGGUCUGCUGUACCAGUCUGAAGGCCCCGGACAAAGACAAGGUGAAGGAGCUGGUUUGGGCGAACGGCGGGACGUUCGAUGCAGAUCUCGACUCGACGUGCACGCACCUCGUCUGUGGCUCGACCAACAGCAAGAAGUAUCAGGUAGCAACAAAACGGGACUCACGCUUGAAAGUCGUCACCCCAGAGUGGAUCUACAAGUCAGUUGCCGCGAAAGGGUGUCUCGAUGAAACCCCCUUUGCGCCGCCCCCGCCCAACGACGCCGCGCUCCCGGCCGCGCUCCGCUCCGCAUCCCAAACUUCGUUCGGUCAAACCACCCGGUUAGCUUCCGGAACACAGGGAUCUUUAACCCUAACUCGCGUGGUCGCCACGCCUACGCCCACAGACGACGAGUCGUUGGGACGUGCGGAGAGCGGAAAGCACGCGAGCACCGCUGGCCGAGAAGCAAUAUGCUAUGACGAUGACGAUAAGCUAUUCCUCAGCUCGUGCCGGCUAUACUUUUCGGGGAUGACGCGGGAAGAGCUGCAGGAGGCGAUGGGGAUAAUGCGCGCGAGUGGAGCAACGCGGUAUGCGCUGUUGGACGAGCGGGCGACCCACGUGGUCCUGGGGGACAGCCCCGACUGCGAUCUUACCGAAGUGCGGAAACUAGAUUUGGAGGGAAUCGUAGAAGUCGUGCGGCUGUCGUGGCUACGGGCGUGCCUCCAGUACAGGAAACUGCUUCCUGUGGCGGACAAGUACCGGGUACCGCGCGAUCAGCUGACAGCUGCUCGCGCCUCUGCAAAGCCAGAGCCCACUGCCUCCGCGCGCCCGUCCCAGAAACAGGGCCUCCUCCAACAAGUUCCGGCCAGCAGGCCGGCGGGAGGCCCUGUUCCCGAUGACGACGACAGCCCCAACGAACCGGGCAGCUCAGAGUGGGAGAAGCUCAGGGAAUCGCAACGGCAGGUCAGUCAACGGCCGCGUGAGUUCAGCGAAAACGGCUCGAGGGGGGGUUUCGGUGAAGGCUCGGGGGAGGCUGGGAACGACCCCCCCGUGAUGGAGAUGCGCUCCGACAUCUUCGACGACGCCAGCCGAACGGGGUUCGGGCCCGGGGGGAUCCCCCCGAGGAAGCCGGUCGCUGACGUCAGCGCGAGGAUGCCCGUCCUGGGCAAGCGCUUCAUGUCGCCGAAGCGGGGGGACACGUGGCAGAAGGAGGGGGCGGCGUCGCCGAAGCUGGCGGCGGCGUUUUCGGCGGAGGGGGGCGGAGGAAAGACGGUGAUGGGGCCCCCCGGGAAGGGGAGGAAGUGGUUAGAGGCGGCGCGAAAUCCGGUGAAGUUUAGUCCGGGUUGCGAUAACCAGGCAGGUAACCCGACUGUUGAAGCCGGACAGUCCGAGGAUCUGAAUUCAGGUCGGUUAAGGCCGGGUUUGCAGAACGGGGCAGGGGUUAAGGCGAGCGGAUGCGAAGGGGGAACGCCGGGGGGCACGCAAUCGACUCCAGCGGGUUCACAGAUUCCUGAAACGAGCGACGUGUUUCAGGGGCUGCGAUUUAACGUCGACGUCAGGAUGAAAGCUGAAGAUAGAGAGGAGAUUCAGGGGCUCGUGAGAAAAGGCGCCGGCGACCUUGAGACGGACCCGUCGAAGAGCGUCCACUACUUCGUCGUGCAGCACGGGUUCGACACGAACACGACAACUGUGCCGGACGGGGCAGACGUGGUAACGCCCUACUGGGUCGUGCAGUGCUUGAAGGAGCAAAGGCUAGUGCCUCAGGAAAACCGGCUCUACUUCCGGCCGCUCCCGCGCGCCCUCCCGUUAGACUUCUUCCGAGGCAUCACGGUCUGUCUGUCAAAGUACGAACAAAAAGAACACGAGUGGUUCAGGGACCUGGCCAAACGCCUCGGGGCGAAGUCGUUCGACCGGCUAACCAACACGGUAACCCACGUGGUAACCAAGUACGCGGACGGCGAUAAGUAUCGGCACAUGGUGCGGAAAGGGAAGCCGGUUGCGACGGGGGAGUGGCUGAUCGCAUGUGCGAAGCAGGGGUGUCUAGUCCCAGUGGAAGACUACGCGCCCCCGUCGAAGCCUACUGACGUCACCUGCGCUCCAUCCCAAGCCGGGGGGAUCGCCCCCUCGCAACUAGAGGCGCGGAGCCCGGGCGAUGCGGAGCAAAGCGCUCCUGGGCAGUCGAGCAUGCCGCCCCCUCGGACUAGAGGCACCGGCCGAGCCGGCCAGUCCUCCCAGCAUGCGAGCCAGCCCCAACGGAAACGCCCCAAAAAGGAGAGCCCCCCGCAGCCGAGACCGGGGGACUUCGAAAAGUUGGACGACUUCACUGCCACGUGGACCUUUUCUCAGGCACCCUCCCCCGGGAAAAGCGCCAAGUCGCCUCUGAACCUGGCGGGGCCCAGCUUCGGUGUGAAUACGCCCUCCGGGGGGGCGAACAGGUCCGGGGAUCGGGAGGGGCCUAGAGACGGGCCCGGAGAAAGUGCACGGGGAGGGGGUGUUAACAGGGGUCCGGCGCCCGGGGGAGCUGAUAAUCUGGCCGGAACAGCAGAGGCCGAGCGGAAGCGGACUCCGCAUGAUGACGUCGCGAGGGAGAGCAAGACCAGGGGCGCGGAGAGGGAGCAAGAAGAGGCUGUGACGUCAGCGAGCGAGCCCGUUCUGAAAAAGGGGUUAAGGGGACCGACUCCGGUUGGGGGGUCGUCCGAGGGGAGGGAGUUGGACGACGAAACCCCGAGCAAGAACCUCAGGAGCCGGCGGGGGGUUCCGCCGGAGCCGAAAGCUGCCCCCCCGAGUAGGGGAAAACGGAAAAGCGACGAACGCGACUCGCCAGGGGACUCGGCGCCGGAUUCCCAAGAGAAGGGGAGAAAGGGGGGGGGCGCAAAGCAGCGCAAAAGCGCAGAUGCGGCGGAAGUCGUUGGGGGGGGGCACGUGGCAGCGGGGAAGGAGGGCAACGUGGCAGGGGGACAGCAAGAGGAGGCAAAAUCUGCAGAGAAGGGACGUGUUGAGGUUGGGAUUGAAGCAACUUCCGAAAGGGAAGACAAGCACGGGUUGGGAUGUGAGGGAGUCGUGGACGGUCAGAAACGCUCUCCUGGAGAAGCAGGGGCGCCAAGUGAAAGGGGGCCAGAGGGAGACGCGGCCGGCCAGUCGCCGGAAGGGGACAGAUGGGCGCACGUGCUCGAGAGCUUCCUGCACAAGAUACCCGAGAAGCCGUCUGCGCCCAUAGAAGAGAAACGCGAGAGCGGCCUUGGGGACUCCGACUCCAAGCGCCCGCGAAUCGGCAAAACGUGGCCCGGCCGGGAGCCGGCGGCCCUUGCUCCGCAUGCCGCAGAUGGGCCGUGGACGAGGCAGCGGACAGCUGUCGCGCCAGCUGUCGCGGAGGAUGAGCGCUUCCAGGAGUCGCAGCUGGAGUCCCAGAUGGUCGGGUACGACGAUGGCACCGCCCAGAAGCAGGUCAUCUUGGAACAAAUUCGAAGGAGUGGCCGCUUGAGCGGGUCAGUGUCGGCAGGCGGCUCUCGGAAUGCUUCGAGACGUCCCAAGAACGAUGGGAUCCGCAAUCUCCUCGCAACUGCAAACGGCAACGUUGCGGGUCGCUGAUUCUAGAUCGCGAAUCAGGCAAUUGAUCCUACUAAGGCGGGCAUCUGUGUCCAAAGGACCCGACAGUGUCAGACUGUUUCGAUGACCUCUUUCGUUAAGCUGGAGUGAACGGCAAGAUGUGGUCUAUUCUCUGUAGUGAUUGCAU